AUGGUCCGGCCGUUCUUACACGCCCCUCUGCGUUUCCGCCGAAUAAUUGUCCCAGCAGUCCCAGGCCCUUGUCGUCGAACCCCCGCGCACCAAUCAAUCAACACGGUCAAUGCUGUCUGUCAACGAUCCUUCGCCCUUUCGCAGAGAUAUAACCAAGGCGGGUCGAAUUCGAUUGAGAAGGAAACAGCUGUUCGUUCCGGCGAGGAGAAGGUUAAUGCUGAACCGGCUGGUGGGGCAACAUCAGCACUAGAAACAAGCGCUUCCCCGAGCAAAGAGAAGCUUCGAUCUAUACCAAAACACAAGGAUGACAAGGAUGCAUCAUCAGCGGCGCCCAAGGCGAGCUCCGGUAGACCGGCGGUGGUCCUCGACGAACAAAAGCUUGUCCUCAAACUGCCGUCGAAGGACUUGGCGAUAUCCUAUAUCCAACUGCGUGACUCCUGUAGAUGUCCGCUUUGCGUCGAUGUGCAUUCUAAGCAGCGGAACUAUCGGCUUUCUGACAUCCCUCCCCAUAUCAAGGCCAAGUCGCUUGAAUGGGAGAAGGAUGUCCUGAAGGUGACCUGGGAGGACGAUAUUCCCGGGUUCGAUUCAUCUCAUGUUUCCAGAUACACACUGCCACAACUCAAGCUCCGCCAUCCAUUCCCAGUCACAUCUGCGACUGGCAUUCGAAGGAAGCGUAUCGAUUGGAACAAAGAGAAAAUGACGAAACUACAGCACUGGAUUUCUUAUGACGAUUACAUGCAUAAUGACGAGAAGUUUACUAUUGCCAUGCGCCAUUUAGCUACUAUGGGGUUGAUAUUUCUAAAAGAUAUUCCUGACUCACGGGAAAUGGUCGAAAAGAUCGCCACACGCAUAGGACCGUUACGGAACACCUUUUACGGUUCAACGUGGGACGUUCGAAAAGUCCCCGAGGCCAAGAACGUCGCUUAUACCAGCCAAUACCUCGGUUUCCACAUGGAUCUUAUGUAUAUGAAGGACCCACCAGCUUUUCAGCUCUUACACUGUCUUCGCAAUUCAUGCGAUGGGGGCGAAUCGCUGUUCGCGGAUACAUUCAAUGUGGCCGGCUACCUGUAUAGAAAUCGGCCCGAGAUCUUUCAAAUUCUGGCGAAGACCAAACUCAGAUACGAAUACCAACAUAAGGACCAAAGCUACAGCAAUGCAUGGCCCGUCCUCGAAAGGGGCCCGCUUGAUAAGGGUCAUUUCUUAGCACGUGUUGCCUACUCACCUCCCUUCCAAGCUCCUAUUUUGAACGACUCAAACGCGGACCCCGAAUAUAUCGCGAAACUACAAACUCAACUGGGGGCGUUGAAAUAUUUCGCGAGCUCUCUAGAAAGAGAAGAUAACAUGUUCGAAUUGAAACUACAACCAGGCGAAUGUGUCAUAUUCGAGAACCGUCGUAUAGUUCAUGCUCGCCGCCAGUUCAAUACCGCUACCGGCGAGCGAUGGCUUGCCGGGGCGUAUCUUGACGAGGAUGUUGUAGCGUCGCGCUUCCGUGUGCUCCAAGAAUCCCAUCAGGAUGCUUGGGUGAACUUCUUGGACAUGAGCGCAAGCGACUCUGAACCCUCGCGUGGAGACAGUGAAGACCUGUCGUUUUUGUGGACUAGAAACGCUUCGGCAGCUCCAGAAACUCGAGUAGCCUCUCCAGCUCAAGAAACUGCUGAAGGUCAAUAG